AUGCUUGUGCGCUGGUUAUCAAUCGCUGUUGCGCUCUUGGCAUGGUACGUUUGGAGCCUUAAACAUGCGAUCGGGGCACAACUUUUGCCUAAGAGGCUCCCUCCGCUUUUCAGUGCGGGUGGAAAAUGUAAGCUGAUUCAGGAAAAGGAGAGUGGCCAGUUCAAGUUUUGCGAAGAUGGACUUGUUCUUGCCCCAGUUGAACGUAGUCCCCAGGGCCCAAUGCUCGAUCCCAGUCGUCGUGGCAGUUUAUGGGCGCUUCACUACACUUCCACCGCGACCGAAAAGCCCUACCCGCUCAAACUAACCAACUUUCCCAUCAAUGCCGACUUUCACCCGCUCGGCAUGGAACUUACACCCCGCGAUUCGGCCGGGACGUCUCGGUUGCUGGUCAUAAACCACAGGCGUCAAAACACAACCAUCGAGGUCUUCCGCAUACACUUGGAAUCGCAUUCAGUAUCGCUGGCAUAUGAAACAACGCUCACUCAUGCGUCGUUUGUCGCGCCGAACGCUAUUGCUGCUAUAUCCCCGACCCAAUUCUUCUUGGACACCAAAGGGGUACGUAACGUCCAAACCGUCGCGCGCAACAUUGCCUUUGCAAACGGCGUUGCGGUAUCAGACGACGGCUCAACUCUAGCCAUCGCAUCGACCACACGCGCACAGGUCCAGCUGUACUCCAAAGAUGAAACGAGCAUUCGGUUCGUCACCUCUGUACGCGUCCCGUUUAGCGUGGACAACAUUGCGUUUGCGGGCGACGAGCUGCUGACAGCUGGACACCCCUAUCUUCCAGAAUUCAUGGCGCUCGUAAAACGGAAAUCGAACCGCGCGCCAAGCUAUGUGUCUGCCAUUGCUCCGAGUCUGCAGGCUGGACUUGGAAAGUCUUGGCUGACUCGUGUAUCGGCCGGGGCUAAUGUCACGACUCGAUUUAUGAGUGACGGAUCGUUUUUGGGUACGAGCUCUGGGGCGUUUGCGGAUUUAGAGAUGCAGACGAUGUUUGUUGUUGCUCUGUACGGAUCUGGUGUCGCUAAAUGUGGCCGCUUGUCGUAA